GCCGAAACAAUAUGGCCGGUACAAUUCACGUCGCAUGAUGAGUAACGAUAGGUAAGCUCAAGGAUCAUCUGCUUUUUAGAUAUUCGAUAACGACAUUUCUGCAGCAGUUACCAAUUCGUUGCCAUUCUUGAAGCUGAUGGCGCAAGCGAACAGAUCGAAAUCGAUGGCAUAAACAGUCGCUGACCGUCAAUUAUUCCGCACCCGACAGGAAAACCGUGGACUUAAUCAAGAUUAUUACACCGUUCGUAUCAAGUUAGACCGGUUUACACGAUGUGGUGGCCCUUCUUGUUGUCACUGGUGUUUCCAGCCAACGUCGCCGCCAGUAGCAGCAAACUGUUCGCUUCGUCGAUGGUCGAAAAUAGCUUAACGGUUGCUGCCCGAACUGAUUCACCUAGAAACCAGCCAGACAUCGCCGGUUGCUUGAAAGGUCAACGCUGUGUUCCGAAACAUCGAUGCACAAAUUUCAGCACGGCCGGCAGCGGUCUUUUGGAUAUUCGAUUUAAGAACGAAAAUCCGUGCGGAGAUUUUUCUUUGCUAUGCUGCGAAGAGCAAGAUAUCAUUAAAUAUACGGCAAAUCGUACCUCGCGGGUGCUCUCGGGUCCCAGCAUCAAGCAGCCUAGUUGCGGUAAACGCAAUACCGACGGUAUUCACUUCCGUAUUAUUGGACACAGAAACAACGAAGCAGAGUAUGGUGAAUUUCCCUGGAUGAUUGCAGUGAUGAUGAAGGAGAAGGCAUUGAACCAAGUAGUCAACGUUUACAUCAGCGGUGGUUCGUUGAUCCAUCCAAAGGUAGUGCUGACCUGCGCUCACUGCAUUCAAACCAGAUCACCUGAUCAGCUGAAGGUCCGUGCAGGUGAAUGGGAUACACAGUCGAAGAAUGAAAUCCUCCCACAUCAGGACCGGUUGGUGACCGAGACCAUCACGCAUCCCGACUAUUUCACUGCCGGGCUAUACAAUGACAUCGCACUGCUGUUUCUGGAGACGUCGUUUGACAUGAAUCAAGGCAUCCAAACGAUCUGCUUGCCACCCGUUGGAGUACAGUUUGACCAUCAGCGUUGCUUCGCUUCCGGGUGGGGCAAAGAUUCUUACGGUAAAUCCGGAUCAUAUCAAAUAGUUCUGAAGAAAAUUGAACUGCCUGUUGUCCCGUCUGAUCAGUGUCAAACCCUGCUGAGAGGUACUCGGUUGGGACAUCGUUUCCGACUGCACGAAAGUUUCAUCUGUGCCGGUGGUGAGGAAGGUAAAGAUGCAUGCGAAGGAGAUGGAGGAUCGCCGCUGGUGUGCCCCGUCGAGGGUAGUCAAGGCCACUACUAUCAAACAGGGAUUGUGGCUUGGGGCAUUGGGUGCGGUGUGAGCCAAACUCCGGGAGUGUACGUUAAUGUUGCGCAUUUUCGGAUUUGGAUUGAUCGAGAGAUGGGUACGCGACGGCUUGAAACCGGAAGCUAUUCGGUGGAGGUUAUUUGAAUUGUGAUUGUUUUGAUGUUAAGCAAGUGAACUGUUUUAAUUGAUUUAACUGCACUUAAAUGUGUAUGAGUCCGACUACAGAAGAAAAUGUUUAUUUCCAAGAAU